CGAAUAUUCGGCGAAGUGCAGAGUAUCCUGACCAGAGUAACAUGUCUUGGAAGUUUGCGAAGUUACUCUGUAUAAUUUCGCAAAUCUUUUCUGUAUUUUGCACAGACUCCUGCCUAAAGGAUCUUAAAUUAAUGUGGAGUGCAAGUGUCAGUGACUCUCCAAUCGUUUCUUCUCCCUUGCUUGCAAAAACUCACAAAAUUUCACAUAAAGACUUAAUUGCCACAACAUUGGAUGGUACUGUAAAUGUUGUUGACUCAACAAGCGGAAAAGAACGUCAAGAAUGGCCGAUGUUUUUCCCCGAGGAAUCUUUUUACUCUGGUCCAUUGCUAUAUGACAUAGAUGAAGAUGGUUCGUUGGAUAUUUUGCUUGCAGCAGAGUAUGGUAAGAUUCUGUUUAUAUCUCAAAAUGGAACAAGUUUACAAGAAUAUAACAUACAUUUGCCAAGACUUUUGGUGAGGAAAAAAUGGUUCAGUAUUGGUGCAGGCGAUGCAGUUACCACAAACGCAUAUUUCAGUCCGGAGAAAAAUUCGUUUUUCCACAGUUCUAAUGAUAAUUUCACAUCAGAUGAUAUUGAUGAAAAAUCAUUUAUUGGUCUAGAUUUACAUAUAUUAUCGACACCAAUCAUUAGCGACUUUAAUGGAAAUGGCUUUAAUAAUGACCUCAUUAUACCUGUCAAUUAUUAUAUUGAUGAUGAAGUAAAGUAUAACAAGAAGUAUUUGAAAAUUUUGAAUCUAACUCAAUCUGAGAUAGAUUGCUGUCUCGCAAAUGGCGUGAUUGUUGUUGACCUAAGAACAAGAAAUGUAAUUUUCAAAAAGAUCUUUGAAUUAACAAGAAAGUCAAGUGCUUUUCCUGCCUACAUUCUGUCAUCACCGGUUGCAAUGGACUUAGAUGGAAACCAAAGCAAUUGUGAAGUCAUUGUGGGUAGUAUGACUGGAAAGUUGCACAUAUGGAAUAAAUACGGAAACUAUCCAAGAUUUUCGGAUCUCGCUGACUCUAUAACAUCUGAUGUUGCUAUCGGUGACAUGGAUAAUGAUGGUUUCAUGGAGAUCAUUGUGAUUGAUGGUAGUGCAAAUGUGAUGUGUUACAGUUAUGAUAAAUUAUUAUGGGAUGCAACAGUGUCCGGCACUGGAACUGUUGGUCCUCAACUUUAUGAUAUUGAUUACAAUGGUCAACUUGAGGUUGUAAUUGCAUCAAGCGAUGGUUACCUAUGGGUAUUAAAUGGUCAAACAGGUAAAGUUUUACCAAAAUGGCCUAUCAAGUUGUGUGAUAAGUUCUAUUCAAAUAUUCUUUUCACAUCAGAAAAUAACAAAGCAUACUUAAUGUUAACUGGUGGAGAGAAUCUUCAUAUCCUUGGCACAGAUAUCAACUGCAUGAAUGUUGUUCCUAUUGAUGAAGUUUCUUACACUCAAGUUAUUUAUGACAGAGAAAAUUUGGCAUAUUUCUUGUCUACUGCUGAUGGGGUUAUUUUAUCCUUUGUUCAAUUUAAUGCAACAAAUAAAAAACUUGGUGAAGAUAGACAAAUAGCUUUUACUGAAGUCACUAGACAACAGCAAGCAAUACAAACUUCAAACUUUGUUGUAGAGUUUGAAAUUUUUCCUUCAAGUGAAAACAAUGAUACGUACAUGGUAUUGAUUAGUUAUGCUUGUGAAAUAGGAAAAAGGAUUCAUACUGUAAAGUAUAAAAGUGUUGGUUUAUAUUCUGUAACAUUGCCAUCACCUAAGAUCCCAAUACGUACAUACGUAACAGUUGAAUUAUGCAAUAGAUUUAUGCAAUGCACUAAAGAUAUAGCAUUCCUAAAUUUUCACAGCAAUGCAAAGAAAAUGCUAAUUAUGUAUUGGCUUCUACCAUUUCUGGUCAUGGUAACAUUGUUGCUUGUUAUUCAUGGCUUUCCUGAAGGUGAUUUGUUACCAACUUGGCAACGACCAAAUAAAAAUUUCAAAAAUUGACAAA